UUUCCUUUGUUUAUUUUCUCAAAACUCUCCUGCACGGCUGCACCUUUUCUUUCUUUUUAUUUUCCCAACUCUCCUGCCCCCAACUCUCUUCUACUAAAUCCCUCAGUUUCUAAAAUUCUACACUGUCGUGGGAGAUAAACUUUUACGCGGAGUUCUAAACUAGAGGAUUCUCAGGCUAAGGUUGACUGGAGAGCAGUCUAGAUUUGUCAGCAGCCCAAGAUGGCGAAUUAUUCGAUGAUCUCUUGCCUUGGAGAUUGCUUAUGGGAAGAAGAUGAAAACAAACAGUACAAGAUGGUCGAUUUCUGCUCUGUUCUAAAUUCUCCAGCUGCAAAAGCAGAAGAUGACUUGAAAGUGCAUAAUCAUUCCUCAUCAUCAGAACCUCCUUCACAGCAACCUCUUCUGUUUUUCGAAGUUCUGUGUAAGAGGUCAGGGAAGAUUAGGCGUUUUUCGAAUGGAACAGAAGCUGGUUUUGCAGUGAAUUUAAUAAACAAGAAACUUGAAGCAGAAGGUGGAUUGGAGAUUUCAUUGGCAUCCCAUAUUGAAGCUGUUAAAGAAGGAGAAGAACCUGUAAGCUUUGGUCCUAAUUCACUUCUUGUAGAUUAUGGGCCUGGUUGGAAAUUGCAGACAGUUAAUUAUAUUCAAGCAGCAGUUGAAAAAGGUAUAAAUAUUGCCACCAGAAAAGUGAAGAGACCAGAUGAUAAGGUUAUUGAUGAUUCAAAUACCUCACAGAAAAAGUCCCAGGCAUCUCUCAGUUUCGUGUAUAUUGGGAAGAUACUGCUGGCUUUUAUUUUAAUACUUAUGUUUGGUGCGAUUUUCACUUUGCUUCUCGAAAAUCUUCCCGAGCUAAUUUUAUAUGUCAACUCAUUGGUAUGAAUUGCUUAUUUUAGUCCCUCGCAUUCUCAUGCGACCCUAUAAUGUUUACUAGAUACUUUUGUAUAACAAAGGUGGCUACCCUAUGUAUAAGAUGCCAUCCUGUAAAUUGACAGUUCUCCGAGGUCCUUUUUAUGGUUAAUCCAAACUAUUCGUUCGACAAUGGGUUUGAAUACGUGGAGCAUCACAAAAAAUGGCUACACGAUGCUGCCACAUAUUUCUUUU